CGUCUGUGCCUCGAAGCCAGGCGGGCACAGAGGAGCAAAUCCAGGCGGCGGGGCGGCGCUCAGGCGUCUCGGCGUCAUGGCCCUGGACAUCGUGUCGCAAAGCGUCCUGUUUGCGACUGCGCACUCUGGUAGCGGUGACGACGGCCGGAUGACGUCGAAGCCAGGUGGUGGCGACAAGGUGACACGAAGCGUCGGCGUCGAGUCUGGUGGCGUCCGUGGCGAGUCGUGUGGCGGAGACGAUGCGGGUUUCGCCGGAAAUGACCUUGGUGGCGUCGGGACAGCGGUUCGGUGCGGUGGCGAGGUCAUUCCGGCGUCGGGAGGUGUCUCCGACACGAGGCGGGUGCUGGACGGCGUAUCAGACUGCGGCGGGACGGUCGUUGUCGGGCGUCGCUCGGUUGGCUUCGGCGAGUCAGGCGUCAUCAUAGUCGGGAUGAGUGGCGUCAGGUCGGCGAAACGAGUUCUUGCUGGCGAUGAUGCGUUUGGACCAGCGUCGGGAGACGUCAGGUCGACGAGAGGUGCCGAGGUUGGCGGCUCCAGGACAGGAGGUGGCGGAAGCGGAAUUGUCGGCGUCGGGACGGCGAGCGUCGGCGUCGGGAUAAGUGGCGUCGGGUCGACGAAACGCAGUGUGGCAGGCGGCGGCGGGAUCGGACUUGUGUCGGGAGACGUCAAGUCGAUGAGCGUCGGCACGGCGGGCGUCGGGACGGCGGGCGUCGGCGUCGGGACGACGGGCGUGGGCGUCAGGACGACGGGCGUCUUUGUCAGAGCGGUAGGCGUCGGUAACGUAACACGUGGCGGUGCGGGUGACGUCAGGACGUACCUUCGUGGUGCUGGGGUCGGCGUCGUGCGUGAGGAGUCGGCUUGGUGCGGCGGUGACGUUCCGGCAACGGGCGGCGUCCUUGGCACGGGCUGCGUCGGCGAGUCGAGCAGCGUCUUUUCCGGCGUGGUUGGCGUCGGCGUGAGCGGAGUCGUUUUCGGCGUGGUUGGCGUCGGCGUGAGCGGCGUCUUUUUCGGCGUGAGUGGUGUCGGCGCACCUUCUCAGGUCUCGGAUCCUCGACAGCCGCGACGCAACAGCGCUGAAUCUCUGCUGCCCUGA